AUGGCCCACGACCUGGACAUCGUCGGUCCCCUGUCAAGAGCCUUUGUGCAGCAGCGCCCGGUGCCGGUUUCACCAGAUGAAGGCAGUUACUUUGACUUCUUCCGCCACGCCACCGUUCCCGGCACCUGUCAUCUGUUCCCCUCGAGCUUCUGGCAGGAAAAGGUCAUGCAGCUGGCCCACAGCGAGCCCGCUAUCUGGCACGCGACCGCAGCGUUGGGUGCUCUUCAUCAGAGGUCAGAAGUGGUCAUACAAUCCAUCGGGAGCCACGAGAUGGCGCUUCUCAACCAGGGUCUCGGGCAUUAUGGACAGGCCAUGGCUCUCGCAAAGGGCCUGGACUCCCCGACCAAGGUCGCGGUUCUGUCAUUAACCCUCGUCGCCAUCGCAGGCCUCCUCGAGAAGUGGCCAGAGAUGCACACGCACAUCAUGGCCUGCUUCAAAAUCGUCACGGAACACGAGGCGCAUACGCCGGGCUUCAAGGGUCUCCUUGGUUCGUUGAUGAGAUCGGAUCUGCAUGCGAUGACUUUCAAUGACUCACAGUCGCCUUAUCCGUACGAAGAAUCGUCAACCGUAUUUGCUGCCGGCCGGUUUCUCGCAUCCCCCCCGAUCGAGGGAAACUCUUAUGAGGAGCUUGCCUCGGAGCUGUUCGCCCUGGGGAGGGCAUGGUUUCUUUUAGAUGACGGGACUCUUUCGGCGAACGCCUUGUAUGGCCCUUGGAUGACGAAUCUCGAUGCUUUUCUUCGUCGCUUCGCUCUAUGGGAGGCUAAGAUGGGAGAUUAUGAAAAGACUCAUAGUAGUGAUAGUGAGCUGACGACGAGGCUAUCGCUUCGCCUCUAUCAUGUCACCUUCCGAACAGUUCUCCGGGGUACUUCGUUUGGCCCCGAGACCCGUUUCGAUUCACUACUGGGCUACUUUGAGUAUGCCGUGAGGCUCGUGAUCUGCCUUCGGCGGAAACUGGCGACUACAAACGUAAUAGGGCUGAGUCUGGAACCCGGGGUGAUCGUCCCCUUAUGGAUAGUGUGUCAACGUUGCAGGCACCCCUCUUUGCGACGAGCCGCUCUAAAACUUCUCGGCGAGGCGAACAGGGUGGAAGGCGUAUGGCCGAGCGAUGGGGCAGCGACAGUGAUGAAGGCUGUUGCAGCCUUGGAGGAAGAAUCCUUGGGCCCCGUCCACGUGAAGCCCUUUGCGCCGCCAGAUUCGGGUGCUUCGUUCUUACCCGAUGUUCCAUGGAUCGCCUGGUCCAAGCCUCAAUUCGAUAUGCCCACAACUCUAAGUUGGUCCAACAUACCUGUGAUACCAGAAACGAUGCGCGUGCGGGAUAUUCUGGGUUCAAAGCGAGUUGCGGACCGACAGGUCGAUCUACGCCUCUUGAUGAGCUCGGGCAAUGACGCCGAACCGUAUGGAAUGCCAGUGGAGCUGACUGUAAGUUAUUGA